GAGUUGACCGACGCUGAGGUGACGGUCGGAAACUUUACCAACUCUUUGCGAAACGUGGACAACAAUAUCGGCCAAAUGAUCAAGAGUUUAGACCACUCGCGAAGAGUCAAUUCCGCCGAUUGGUAUCUCGUGGACGGCAAUAACAGAUAUGUCCAGAACUGGUCUGUGGUUCAGUGCAUUGUAAUCGUAAUCUCAGCUGUGGUUCAGGUGUUGUUCGUGAAGAAGUUAUUUGCUUCGAAGGACACACAGUUCGCAGGCAAACCUCGGGCCUAACCGACCAACACUUCCGCCAAUAAUUGG